CGGCCCGCGGGCUGGCACCGCCGCGCUUUUGCCUGGCUCUGGGGUCUAAAUCUCCGAAGCCUCGCGGGACGCGCUCCGUGGCGCUGGCUCCGUCGCUCUGGCUCUCCGCGCCGGGCUUCCGUGGCCUUGGUGGCUGGCGUCCUUGUCAGGUCCCCUUCCCCCGCCCCGUCUUCCUCAGGCCCCCCACUUCCCGGUUCCCGGCCUUCCCAGAGCUUCCCAACACCGCACGCCCGUCCAGUCCUCAGCCCUCGGCCAGUCUUCCUAAGCCCCCCCCCCCCAACCCUCCCCCCCCGCUCUCGGGCCCCCGGUAGAAUGGGGGACAACACCAGCCCCAUCAGCGUGAUUCUGGUGAGCUCGGGGAGCAGGGGCAAUAAACUGCUGUUCAGGUACCCCUUCCAGAGGAGCCAGGAGCACCCGGCGUCCCAGACAAAUAAGCCUCGUAGCAGAUAUGCUGUCAACAACACGGGAGAUCAUGCCGAGGACCAGGACGGUGACUCCAGCGAGCCAUGUCCUCCAACCGAUGAGCAAUUGGUUGCAGGGUUUUCAGAUGUCAUUCUGGCAACAAUUUUGGCAACCAAGUCUGAAAUGUGUGGCCAAAAAUUUGAACUGAAGAUCGAUAACGUGCGUUUUGUCGGGCACCCGACGCUCCUGCAGCAUGCCCUGGGGCAGGUCUCCAAAACAGACCCGUCCCCGAAGAGGGAAGCUCCCACCAUGAUUCUCUUUAAUGUGGUAUUUGCACUAAGGGCCAACGCGGAUCCCUCGGUGAUCAACUGCCUGCACAACCUUUCCCGACGAAUCGCCACCGUGCUGCAGCACGAGGAGCGCCGCUGCCAGUACCUCACUCGGGAGGCCAAGCUGAUCCUCGCGCUGCAGGACGAGGUGUCUGCUGUGGCCGAUGCAAAUGAUGGUCCGCAGUCUCCGUUCCAUCACAUCCUGCCCAAGUGCAAGCUGGCCAGGGACCUCAAGGAAGCUUACGACAGCUUGUGUACGUCCGGCGUGGUGCGGCUGCACAUCAACAGCUGGCUGGAGGUGAGCUUCUGCCUGCCCCACAAGAUCCACUACGCUGCUGCGAGCCUCAUCCCCCCUGAAGCCAUCGAGCGGAGCCUGAAGGCCAUUCGCCCGUACCAUGCCCUGCUGCUGCUCAGUGACGAGAAGUCCCUGCUGGGUGAGCUCCCACUCGACUGCUCCCCGGCCCUGGUUCGUGUGAUCAAGACCACGUCUGCCGUGAAGAACCUGCAGCAGCUGGCCCAGGAUGCAGACCUGGCCUUGCUGCAGCCCCUCUGCCCGCAGGUUUUCCAGCUUGCAGCCCACCUGGUGUACUGGGGCAAGGCCAUCAUCAUCUACCCGCUGUGUGAGAACAACGUCUACAUGCUCUCUCCCAAUGCCAGCGUGUGUCUGUACUCGCCACUGGCUGAGCAGUUCUCCCACCAGUUCCCGUCUCAUGACCUGCCGUCUGUCCUUGCUAAGUUCUCCUUGCCCGUCUCCUUGUCAGAAUUUAGGAACCCCCUGGCCCCCCCUGUGCAGGAGACCCAGCUCAUUCAGAUGGUGGUGUGGAUGCUGCAGCACAGGCUCCUGGUCCAGCUGCACACCUACGUGUGCCUGAUGGCCUCACCCAGCCAGGACGAGCCCCGCCUGCGCGAGGAUGAGGUCCCCUUCACUGCCAGGGUCAGCGGCCGCAGCCUCAGCACACCCAACGCCCUCAGCUUUGGCUCCCCAACCAGCAGUGACGACAUGACGCUCACCAGCCCCAGCAUGGACAACUCCAGCGCAGAGCUUCUCCCCAGUGGAGACUCCCCGCUGAACAAGAGGAUGACAGAGAACCUGCUGGCCAGCCUGUCCGAGCACGAGCGGGCAGCCAUCCUCAGUGUGCCUGCAGCCCAGAACCCCGAGGACCUCCGCAUGUUUGCCAGGCUGCUGCAGUACUUCCGUGGCCGCCACCACCUGGAGGAGAUCAUGUACAAUGAGAACACCAGGCGCUCGCAGCUGCUCAUGCUCUUCGACAAGUUCCGCAGCGUGCUGGUGGUGACCACCCACGAGGACCCAGUCAUUGCCGUCUUCCAGGCCCUGCUGACGUGAGCCUGGGCCGAGGGUGCAGAGGCAGGCAGCUGCAGUGCAUGGGGGCACCCGCAUCUCCCCACCCCAGGGCUCCCUCCCGACCCGGCCUGAGUCCUUUUAGCCCUGAGACCCGACUUCACCUGCGUCAGCUGCCUCCUGGGGCUGCCACCCUCUGCAUUCUCACCUGUCUAGUCCUCAAAACAGGUCCAGUGCCUGCGCUGAGAGGGUGAGGCUCUGAGCUGGAGAGCCGUCCAGGACUCAUGCUCUGAGUGAGGCCUGCAUGCUUCCCACACAGAUUUGGGCCACAUGUUUCUCUGACCUCCCUCCCAAUCCUGCCCCUUCCCCCCAGCUUGCUGUGGGCCUUCCUGGCCCGGCCCUCACCAUAGCCACCAGGAGGCUCAUGCCUUAGCCAUCCACUCCCCUUUGCCACCUGAGGCAUGAGGGCCUGGGCUCAUCCACGAUGCUUACUUGGCUCCCCGUUGGGGUGGCUCUGCACUGGUGUUCCCAGUCCUCCCUCACAAGGGUGGGGGUGCAGUGGGCCUUCAUCGGGCCUGAGGAAGGCAGUGCCCAUGCUGGGCCUGGCUUGAGGUGCCCGCUGCACACGUAGCCCCUGACAGCCACAUCCUGGAGGAGGAACUGGUCAUUGAGGGGGCUCUGGCUGAGACACAAGUGACACGUUUUCUAGAAAUGAAGCAUUUAUUUGGUUUUUAAACAAUUAAAAAGCCUGUCCUUAGCAGGCCCUUGCUUAGA